CGCGGUUCAGUCGCAUUCCCAAAUCGUACAGUGACGGAGUACAGCAACGAGAAGGCAGGCUCUCACUCUGUUUCUGCCAUCAUCCUGCCUGAUCGCUCGUCAUCGUGCAAAAGAAAUGUCCUGUUGAGUGUUACGCGGGCUACCAACCACCGUCGGGGUGUUUCUGCUGCCUAAGACAUAUAAAAAGGAUUUCCAGUUGAGCCGUAUCAAUCAAUCGGAAUCGGUUGGUCAGUGAGAAAGGAACUAGCUAGAGUGUGUGUUUUAGUGACUCUGUGACUCGGACUCUUCUAAUGUGAAAGUGCUAUCGAAAGCUUUUAGAGAAACCAAAAAAAAGAAAAACAACACAGCGUCGAAAGACGCGCGGCAGUUCUUUUUGUGAGCACUUCAGUUGUUUUUCCCGUUAAGUCAACAAAAAGGGUCGAGUGUCGCCAGAGCGCGCACGAAAGAAAUUAUAAAUUCAUUCGAAUCACGCUCGCCCUGACACAGAUUUUCGCCGAGGCACUGGAUAAGAAUCCGCCUACUCUUGGCUCCAUUCGGGGGCUGACAGGAGUAACGGCCGCUAAAGGACUUGAGGACUUACUUCACAGGACACGCAGUUCGUACUUGAACUAUAAAGCUAUAGAAGCUGAAAAAACGGAAGGGGAGAAAUAUAAAUAAAGGCGUUCAUACACGCGAAUAGUAAUUUUCCAGCCCCCGGGAAAGGACUUGCUUGUUUCACCAUCAGAAAAGCGCGUGAGGGGAAGCAUUUCCAAUCGAUCCAAUCGAGUUCCGGUGUACAAACCGCAAAUCAUCAAGACGCAAUGCAGCUGGCGAGAUUGUUGCUUACUGCGUUGCUGGCCGUUUGCAGUUUCGGAUUGGUUCGCUGCUGGCCCGUCACCAAUCCCGACAUGGUGGACAGCCUGAUCUUCGCCAGUCCCGAAGUGGCAGCCCAAUCUAUGCGAGAGAUUCCACAGUGGCACUGUUUGCGAUACUUCAAGCACGACAUUCAUCUGAUGAGACGCUGUCGCAAUUACCGACUGCACAUGCUGCGGCGACCCAACGAUAUGAUCUAGGGCGGGAUUAGACCGGAUGAGUCCGAUUGAAUCCGUGAGAUAAAUGUAAUGACACUAUCCAUACCUAAACUCACCUAGGUGGAUCACAAACUGAGGUAGGCUAACAACUGAUAUAUAAUUAAAUGCAAGCACAAAUGAUGUUACAAACACUGUGAGUGUACUUCCUAAUGAGAUUAAAUAGCAGGCAUGAACGGAAAUAGGUGGUAGUCAGUAGUAUAUAGGAUAUUGUAGAAGAAUAGUUACUGCAAUUAUAUCUAUCGUCGCUUUUAUGAAUAAUAGCGAUUCAUUAUACCAUAGCAUUGUAAAGAAUCAAAUAAAUUUCAGUGGCAUUCAAUAGCAGUUUGAAAUUGAGGUUUGAGAAUGGAGAAGAAAAAAUAACAAUUUAAAAAAAAAACAUUCAAACAGAGUUGAUAGUUUAUGAGAUUUAUAUCUACGAUUUAGCUCUAAUUUUGUUCUGAUUAUGUGAUAUUCAUCCAAUACAUUGUAUAAUUUAAAAUAUCAUCUCCAGAUACCAUCCCUUAGAUAUACUUAGCUCAAAUCCAACUUUGUAUUGUACCAUUUUUGGAAGAGAGGAAGAAAUCAGGAAAACGAUAUGAAAAAAUGAAUUAAUAUUGAAGCGACGUUAAA